AUGGCUGCGGCUACAGGAAACACGGGCUGGGCCCAGCUGCGGCAACAGGCUCGAAGUCUGGAAACACAGACAGAGACGCUCUUCCACACCUACUCUCAGUUCUCGACGGUAUCCGACAUCCCGGCAAAGCCCACAGAAGAAGAAAGGACCACAGAAGCGAAGCUCCAAGAUCUUCUCGAAAAGCGCGAGAACGUCAUUUCACAAUUGUCCCGCCUCCUCGACUCGGAAGCAACUCUUACCUCUUCCGCUCUGAAACAGAACAACCUCGCCCUUCUCCGCGAGAAGCUCGCCGAACAUAAGCGCGAUCUCGUGCGCUUACGCAAAACCAUUUCCGAGGCUCGCGAUCGCGCUCACCUUCUUACGAAUGUUCGCUCCGACAUUGACGAAUACCGUGCCAAUAACCCCGAAAACGCCGAAGCCGAGUACAUGCUCGCUGAGCGCAGCCGUAUCGAUAACAGUCACAAUAUGGCCGAUAGCGUCUUGUCCCAGGCCUACGCUGUCCAGGACAGCUUCAACAUCCAGCGCGAGACACUCGCCAGCAUCAACCGUCGUAUCACCAUGGCCGCCAGCCAGGUGCCGGGGUUGAACAGUCUAAUUAGCCGCAUCUCAGCCAAGAAGCGCAGAGACGGCAUCAUAAUGGGCGCAUUCAUUGCGUUUUGCUUCCUGAUGUUCUGGUGGUUCUUGUAA